GGGCGGCACUCCUGCCUCAGCCUGCCUCUCUCGCCCUGUCACCUCGUCAGCAUCCUCAGCUGACCCCAAAGGAGACUGCCCAGGUCAGGCUGCCCCAGCAGGCGGUGCGGUGGCAGCCAGCGCUCUGUCCCUGGGACCUUUCUCCAGGGGUGACCUUCUGGGUCCUCCAGAGAGGAAGAUGUAGAGCCUGCAGAAGGAGCCCUGAAUUCUAGUUCUGCGCCUGUGCCAUGUGACCUUGGGCAAGUCCCUUCACCUCUCUGGGCCUCAUUUUUCUUUCUGUGAAAAGAUGGAUUUGGAUUCAAAUUGGGGAACUGGUUCAGGGAGUAGUUAUUGGGUAAUGGUCAAGCAGGGACAGUCCCUGAAUUCAGCCUGCCUGGGUUGAAAUCUGGCCUCUCUACCUUGCAAUUUACUUACAAGAGACAAGUUAACCACUAAGCCUCAGUUCUGUCCUCUGUAAGGUGGGGGAUAUUAACUGAGAUAGGAUUCAUCAACAACAGGACUAUUGGCGUUUUGAGCCACAUCCUUUGUGGUGAAUGCAGGUCUCACCUGUUACCCCGAUCUGUGACAACCAAAAUGUCUCCAGACAGUGCCUUGACUGAGAGCCACUGAGCUCAUACAUUGCUUACGAGCAAGCUGUCAUCUGUACUACCACCAGCUAUUAUGGGAAUAAUGACGGAAUCUAGAAACGUCUUCGGAGUCAAGAGGAUUGGUAAAACUUCAAACAAAUAUGGGAGAGAUCAGUGUCAAAGCUGAGUAAUGGAUGCAAGUUCACUUGGAUAUUCUUUCUACUCUAAUGUUUGAAAAUGUCGGAGUAAAAAGUUAAGGCCUGGGCUGGGGAGGCAGCUCCUCUGUUUAGUGAGUGGAAGGCCUUGGGUUCCAUUUCCAGCACUGAAAAGAUAAAAAAGGUCACUCCGAAGAACAAAACCAAAAAAUAUUAGGACAGCUUCAUGGUAGUGUCUCAUCUGGGAUUUCCUCUUCUGCCUUACCCCCUACUGGGAUUGAAAAGCAAAAUAAAUCCUCGGAUCUGGAGGAAACUUUAAAAACUUCUCACAGGAAGUUCGCCGGGCAGAGAGCUACAGGCUAAACAGCAAGCAACACAGUGUUUAAUUGCUGCUGCCUUAUUUUUAAAAAUAUGUGCCAUUCUCCGUCGGUGCACAGAGGUUACCCGAUGAUCUGCAGGUCAGUUUGGAGGUGAAGUUGGUAGAGCACAGAGACCGUAGCUGAAGGAAGGAACCUGCUGCUGUUUUCAAGUUCAAAGAAGAUGCCUCUAAUGGAGGAGUUUCUGAGAAGCAGCACUGGGCCAGUGGCUUUGACAAGGAGCUCCAGCCAGAGACUGUUUAGAGCCUUGGACAUCGCAUCCUGAGGACCGCAGCAGAGGGGAGCAUGGCUGUGAAUCUGGAUGACGAUGUGCCCCUCAUCCUGACCAUGGAUGAAGGUUGCAGCGCCCCAGCGGCUUCCUCCAACAGCCUUGGGCCUGAGCAGCUGCCCAGCAGAAGAAAGUUUGGGCUCAAAAUGGGGCCUGGCAGGAGCCAAGAUUUGGGACUGGUCAAAGAACGACAAAGGAGGCCAAGCCGGGAGCAGCCCUGGGCUAACUUGGAAGAUGGGGGCAGCCACACCAUCCCUGACUCCCGGGCCCCCAGUCUGGUCUCUGGGGGCGAGAACUCCCCUGCCAGCCCCACCCCACACGACUGGGAGAUGAAUUACCAAGAGGCAGCCAUCUACCUCCAGGAAGGCGAGAACAACGACAAGUUCUUCACCCAUCCCAAGGAUGCCAAAGCGCUGGCGGCCUACCUCUUCGCACACAACCAUGUCUUCUACCUGAUGGAGCUGCUCACCGCCCUGCUGCUGCUGCUGCUGACGCUGUGUGAGGCGCCUGCUGUGCCUGCGCUGCGCCUCGGCAUCUAUGUCCACGCCACCCUGGAGCUGUUCGCCCUGAUGGUGGUGGUGUGUGAGCUCUGCAUGAAGCUUCGGUGGCUGGGCCUCCACACCUUCGUCCGGCACAAGCGGACCAUGGUCAAGACUUCCGUGCUGGUGGUGCAGUUUGUGGAGGCCAUCGUGGUGCUGGUGCGGCAGACGUCCCACGUGCGGGUGACCCGGGCGCUGCGCUGCAUUUUCCUGGUGGACUGUCGCUACUGUGGUGGCGUGCGGCGCAACCUCCGGCAGAUCUUCCAGUCCCUGCCGCCCUUCAUGGACAUCCUCCUGCUGCUGCUCUUCUUCAUGAUCAUCUUCGCCAUCCUCGGAUUCUACCUAUUCUCUCCGAAUCCUUCUGACCCUUACUUCAGCACCCUGGAGAACAGCAUCGUCAGCCUGUUUGUCCUUCUGACCACGGCCAACUUCCCAGACGUGAUGAUGCCCUCCUAUUCCCGCAACCCGUGGUCCUGUGUCUUCUUCAUCGUGUACCUGUCCAUCGAGCUCUACUUCAUCAUGAACCUGCUCCUGGCCGUGGUGUUCGACACCUUCAAUGACAUCGAGAAGCGCAAGUUCAAGUCUCUGCUGCUGCAUAAGCGAACUGCCAUCCAGCAUGCCUUCCGCCUGCUCACCAGCCAGCGGCGGCCCUCAGGCAUUUCCUACAGGCAGUUCGAAGGCCUGAUGCGCUUCUACAAGCCCCGGAUGAGUGCCCGGGAGCGCUUCCUGACUUUCAAGGCCCUAAAUCAGAGCAACAAACCUCUGCUGAGCUUGGAGGACUUCUGUGACAUCUAUGAAAUCGCCACCCUGAAGUGGAAGGCCAAGAGAAACCGCGAGCACUGGUUCGACGAGCUCCCCAGGACGGCCUUCCUCAUCUUCAAGGGAAUUAAUAUCCUGGUGCAGUCCAAGGCCUUCCAGUAUUUCAUGUACUUGGUAGUGGCAGUGAACGGGAUGUGGAUCCUGGUGGAGACAUUCAUGCUGAAGGGCGGGAACUUCUUCCCCAAGCACGUGCCCUGGAGCUACCUUGUCUUUCUCACCAUCUAUGGGGUGGAGCUGUUCCUGAAGGUGGCCGGCUUCGGCCCUGUGGAGUACCUGUCCUCCGGAUGGAACCUGUUCGACUUCUCUGUCACAGUGUUCGCCUUCUUGGGCCUGCUGGCCCUGGCCCUCAACAUGGAGCCCUUCUACUUCAUCGUGGUCCUGCGUCCCCUCCAGCUGCUGAGGCUGUUCAAACUGAAGAAGCGAUACCGCAACGUGCUGGACACCAUGUUUGAGCUGCUGCCGCGGAUGGCCAGCCUAGGCCUCACGCUGCUCAUCUUCUACUACUCCUUCGCCAUCGUGGGCAUGGAGUUCUUCUGCGGACUCCUCUACCCCAACUGCUGCAACACCAGCACAGUGGCCGAUGCCUACCGCUGGCUCAACCACACCGUGGGUGACAAGACAGUGGUGGAGGAGGGCUACUACUAUCUCAACAACUUCGACAACAUCCUCAACAGCUUCGGACGUGUCUCUGUCCCCUCCCUCCACAGUGACCUUGUUCGAGCUCACAGUCGUCAACAACUGGUACAUUAUCAUGGCGUCACCUCGCAGACCUCCCACUGGAGCCGCCUGUACUUCAUGACCUUCUACAUCGUGACCAUGGUGGUGAUGACCAUCAUUGUGGCCUUCAUCCUGGAGGCCUUCGUCUUCCGGAUGAACUACAGCCGCAAGAGCCAGGACUCGGAAGUGGAUGGCGGCAUCACCCUUGAGAAGGAAAUCUCCAAGGAGGAGCUGGUGGCCAUCUUGGAGCUGUACCGGGGGGCACGAGGGGCUUCAUCCAGUGUCACGCAGCUGCUCGAGACCCUCUCACAGAUGGAGAAGUACCAGCAAAAUUCCUUGGUGUUUCUGGGGCGGAGGUCAAGGACCAAAAGCGACUUGAGCCUGAAGAUGUACCAGGAGGAGAUCCAGGAGUGGUACACGGAGCACGCUCGGGAGCAGGAGGCCCAGCGGCAGCAGCUCAGCAGCAGUGGCACUGUGCCCACCACCCAGCAGCCUCCUGGCAGCCGCCAGCGCUCGCAGACCAUCACCUAGCGCCAGCUCGGGAAGCCAUCUCUUCUAUGCAAUAACACAGUAGUAUUCUCUUCCUGCCGUGUAUCGGAAGACCGCGUCAGCACACGCGCAUAUAUAUGCACAUGUUUAUACACAGCGAGAGCAGACUAGCAGGCACCGUGCAGUCAGUCACCUGGCCCUGUCUCCUUGAGGCCACAGGCACAGCCUGCAAGGGGCCAACCCCACAGGGCUGAGCCAGGCAGGGCUUCCUGCUGCUGCUUCCAGGCCUGCGCACCCAGAGCUCCUACUAACCCUGUGACCUUGCCACGGGCAUAUGCCUGGCUUUUGGGACAAAACCACUUACCAGUAGGAAGGAAAGAACUCCCCACCGUGGCGGUAUUUCUCAGAUGAUAAUGUAACAGGAUGGAUGUCCCUCUGGGGGAGGAAGCUGGAGAGUGAGGUUACAGAUCAUAGAGAGUGGUCAGGUGCAGGCAGCCAGUCGCAGACAAGAGGUGCCGUUGACCCAUUUCAGUCCCACCUCUGUGAGCCUUCUCUCUAUGUACUUUAGUUUAGCCUUUGUGGCCAGAAAUCCUCCUGGAACAGCCUCCUGCAGGACCCAAGUGCCGGAUAGAGAAGAUACGAGCAGUUCCUGCCUGGGCCUCCUGCACCAGGUCCUCUUCCUGCAAUGGACCUUCUGCUGUGUGCACUGGGGAUGGGAGCCACUGCUGGGACGCCUGCUGCGGCUAUGGUGGGGACUCAUCCCACCCUGGAGUUUUCCGUGGCAGGAUUGGUUAUUGCAGAAGGAGGUUCAGGCCGACCCCCAACUAACCAAGUGCCCCGUACCUCGUGGGCCAUCUGUGUGGCCAAGGUAGGACAGGGGGCGCAGGGUGGAGUUGAGGGACAGCCGCCAGGUGGGCAGAGCCUCCAGGGGAGCAGUCCCAGUCCCAACCCCUCCAGCACCCCAGGGCCAGGCUAGUCCAGAAGCCGGCUGGGCGCCCUCUCCCUGCAGCAGGGAGGAGUGGGUGUCCCAAGUUUUCAGUACAGCCCUUGGGGAAAACACUGUUUCCCAGGGUGGUCAGGAGAGGACAUGGUCCUCGUCCUCUCUUGAGGGCCAUUGGCCUCCGCAGGAACUCAACAGAGCAGGGCCAGAGCUCUGCUCUCCAGAGAGGGAACCUUAUUUGCACAUCCAGGUGCCUUUUCCUUUUAUGUAUUGGAAUGGGCCUGGGGGGGGCAGCCUCGCCAGGGGUCGUGGUUCCGAGACCUGCACAUCUGGCCCACAGAGCCAGGGAUUCUCGGUGCUGUUGGGGGCGCUAGUCCACCCUUCUGUCCCCGGCCUGGUCUUGGUCAGGACCAGACAGACACACGGUGGCAGUAGCGUUGGGGGGGCAGACUCCAGCCAGUGAUGAGCACUGUCAACAGGCCACUGACACCAGGUGUCGCCCCAGGCCGAGGGAUGUCAUCUAGCUCAGAUGUCCACGCCCCCACGUCGCAGCUGAGCAGGACCAGGCGAAGCUUGCUGCAGACCCCUGGUCACAGCCUGUCCAGGGCGGCAGUGGCACUGUGCCCUCCCCACAGGCCGUGGCGCUUCAGGGAGGACAGCAGCCCCUCCUCCCCCCACCCCAGCCUUACUUCACACCACGCGGACAAUCAUUUUGUACAGACCUCGGGAGCAACGCUGUAAGAUUUUGUAUGUUGGUGAUUUGCUACAUAGAAACCCACUGUGACUCUGGAUCUCUGGCGUGUUAAUAAUAAAAGAGCCUGUGCUUUGUA